AGCUGGGUCACAUCAGAGUCCCGGUCCCCCGGACGGACCAGCUGGCCGGAGCAGAGCCGGUCAGAGACGUCCUUCCUCCGUGCGUCGGCGCCGCGUCACUGGACGGAGUUGCGACGAUGAAGACGACACGCAAAUGCCGUGCUCUGCUGUCGGUGUCGCUGAACUUCGUGGCGCUGUUGUGCGCCACCACCGCCUUCUUCACCACCUACUGGUGCGCCGGCACCCAGAGGGUCCCCAAACCCACCUGCAGCAAGCUGCGCCGCCACAACUGCAUCGACUAUGGGGUCAACGAGACGGACCAGAACAAGGUCCACUACAGUUGGGAGACAGGGGACGACCGCUUCCUCUUCCGCCGCUUUCACACCGGCAUCUGGUACUCGUGUGAAGAGAACAUCCACGGACCAGGUGAGAAGUGUCGGAGCUUCAUUGACCUGGCGCCGGCAUCCGAGCGAGGGGUCCUGUGGCUCUCGGUGGUCUCAGAGAUCCUCUUCAUCGUGCUGCUGGUCGUCGGCUUCAGCCUCAUGUGUUUGGAUCUCUUCCACUCCAGUAACGUGAUCGACGGACUGAAGCUCAACGCCUUCGCUGCAAUCUUCACCGUCCUGUCAGGUCUACUGGGGAUGGUCGCACACAUGAUGUACACUCAGGUGUUUCAGAUCACCGUCAGCUUAGGCCCAGAAGACUGGAGACCUCAUGACUGGGACUACAGCUGGUCCUUCUGCCUGGCCUGGGGCUCCUUCACCUGCUGCAUGGCGGCCUCGGUCACGACCCUGAACUCCUACACUAAGAUUGUCAUCGAGUUCCGUCACAAGAGGAAGAUGUUCGAGGCGGGCCUGCGGGAGGACCGGGACUUCCUGGACCAGGAGGCCCUCCGCUACCUGCAGGACCGCACGCUGCAGUCCGUGUCCGGCACAGUGGAGGUCCACUCCAGCCAGGGGGACCGGGCCAGAGCCACACUGUUUAUACCAGGUCCAGGACCGGGCAAAAUGAGACCUGUGUUGACCUCGGGGGACCCUCGGCAGACCAGAGACCGUCUAGGGGAGGAGCAGUGCUAAGGGCCCGGCUCAGAGGACUGAAGACUUCCGAAAUACAAGUGACAAUAUUAAGUCACUCGUGGCUCCUGGGGAAACAGUGGUUCACCCGGGGGAGACACCUCAGGGAAGGGAUGAGAUGUCCGCAGCAGAGAGCGGGGACCCCUGCUGGACAGUGGCGUAAAAGGACGAA